AUGGGACAAAACGUUGCAGUUAUCAGUAUUUGUUCGGUGUUCUUGGUGGCCAUGGUGGUGGCUGUGGCGGUUGGUGUUAACCGAAGCGGUGGUGGAAGUGAUAACGGUGGUGGCGCUACUGUUACUAGUGAGAUAUCGACUUCUACCAAGGCGGUCAAAGCAAUUUGCCAACCUACUGAUUACAAAGAAUCGUGUGAAAAAAGCCUUUCAUCUGCCAACACCACCGAUCCUAAGGAGCUUAUCAGGGUUGGCUUCCAAGCCGCUAUCAGUGAAAUCGAGAAAGUAAUUGCCAAUUCAAGCACCGUGAAAGAGGUAGCCAAUGACCCAAUGGCUCGUCAGGCUCUUGAUAAUUGCAAUGAGCUCAUGGAUUAUGCCAUUGAUGAUCUUAAGAAGUCUUUCGAUCAAAUGGGAGCAUUCGACAUUAGCAAACUCGAUGAAUACGUUGAAAACCUCAAGAUUUGGCUUGGUGGUGCCAUCACAUACCAACAAACUUGCUUGGAUGGAUUCAUGAACACAACCGGUGAAGCUGAAACAAAGAUGAAAGCACUUUUGAAAACUUCUCAGGAGCUUACCAGCAAUGGUUUGGCCAUGGUUUCUGAGAUAUCUUCAAUCCUCAACAAUCUCAAAAUUCCAAAUGUACCCCACAUUGACACUACUGGCGCCGAACGCAGGCUCUUGUCUAAGGAUGGAUUCCCUUCAUGGGUCAGCUCAAAGCAGCGCUUGCUCCUUCAGCACACUCCAGCCACCAUUAAGCCUAAUGUUGUUGUUGCUAAGGAUAGAAGUGGCAAAUACUCCAGCAUCAACGAGGCCCUGAAAGAAGUCCCCAAGAAUAAUCCCACUACAUUUGUUAUUUACAUUAAGGCUGGAGUUUACAACGAGCAAGUGCUUGUCAACAAGAGCAUGAGCAAUGUUAUGUUCAUUGGAGAUGGACCAAUCAAGACCAUCAUCACCGGUCGCUUGAACUAUGUUGAUGGAACUGGCACAUUCAAGACUGCAACAGUUGGUAUUGUUGGUGAAAAAUUCAUGGCCAAGGGCGUUAGAUUCGAGAACACUGCUGGAGCCAUCAAGCACCAAGCUGUAGCACUUCGUGUCCAAAGCGAUCAAUCCAUCUUCUACGACUGCCAAAUGGAUGGCUACCAAGACACCUUGUACGCCCACAGCCAUCGCCAAUACUACAGGGACUGUACCAUCUCUGGAACCAUCGACUUCAUCUUCGGUGAUUCCGCUGCUGUCUUUCAGAACUGCAAAAUCAUCGUCAGGAAGCCUUUGGAUAACCAGCAAUGCAUCGUCACCGCUCAAGGAAGGAUCGAACGCCGUGAGGUCUCAGCCCUUGUUCUCCAAAACUGCACCAUCUCCGGUGCCCCAGAUUACCUCCCUGUGAAGAACAAGAACCGAGCAUACCUUGGCCGCCCAUGGAAGGAAUUCUCCAGGACCAUCGUCAUGCAAUCACAAUUGGACGACAUCAUUGACCCUGAGGGAUGGUUGCCCUGGAAUGGUGACUUCGCCCUUGACACUUUAUUCUAUGCUGAGUUUGGCAACAGAGGCCCCGGUGCAGUUCAGACCAACAGGGUUAAAUGGAGUGGUAUCAAGAAAAUCAAUGAAGCUCAGGCCCAGCAAUUCACCGCUGGCGUGUUCUUACGUGGUGGCGACUGGAUCCCUCAGUCUGGGGUGCCCUACACUCCUGGCAUGAUUCCUGGACUAUAGAGAAUUAAAACAUGAAGAUGAUUGACAACUUUUUCGUUCCAUUU